ACAACACGUUACCGAUUGAUACAGAUGUUACUCUCAAUCGAGCUGUAAAAUUUAAACACGACACUGGACUUCACACCAUGGAGAAAGUGAUACAAAUUUUCGUCCUCCUAACCAUGGCGAUGGUGUGUGCUGGAUGUAGUUCUUGUGAUUUCGAUCUGGUGACUGGGCCCUAUGGUGUUUCUGACCACGCAUUAACAGCGUCCUCUUUUCAUUCUCAUUGUCCUGUUCCUGGUGUAAGGAUGAGCAGCUCCAACGGCUGGUGUCCACUAUCUAUCGGCAAUGGACACUAUUUGCAGGUGGAGUUUCAAGCUAUUUCAGCACUGAAGGCAAUACAAACCCGUGGACGUGCAAACGCGAACCAGUGGGUAACCUCAUAUAGGGUUAACACUAGUAAAGAUGGGAUCACUUGGAGUUCUGUACUAAACUCUACUGGUCAUAUAAAGGUAACAUAGUGUUUACACUAGUAAGUACGGGAUCACUUGGAGUUCUGUACUAAACUCUACAGGUCAUAUAAAGGUAACAUGGUGUUUACACUAGUAAGUACGGGAUCACUUGGAGAUCUGUACUAAACUCUACAGGUAACAUGGUGUUUACACUAGUAAGUACGGGAUCACUU